UCUCCUUCGUCAAUUUGUUCUCUGAGGAGUCUUUCUCUCUUCUCGUUGGGUCUGCUGGGGUAUUCUCAUUCACGCAUUUAGGUUGAGGGUUUUUGUGAGGAGACGAACAGAAGGAAGGAAGCUGCGAAGAUGGGAAGGUACAGAAGCCGUAGCAGGAGCUACAGUCCCCGGCGCAGCAGAAGCCCUCCUCGACGGAAGCGAUACGAGGAUCCUAGGGACAGGUACCGAGGUAGCAGGUCUUUUGGGGAUAGACGAUCUGCUCCUUCUGGAUUACUUGUUCGAAACAUAGCCCUCGACGCGAGGCCCGAAGAUCUUAGGAUCCCAUUUGAACGUUUUGGUCCCGUGAAGGAUGUGUAUCUUCCAAAGAAUUACUAUACAGGAGAGCCACGAGGCUUUGGAUUUGUUAAGUUCCGCAAUGCUGAUGAUGCUGCUGAAGCCAAGAUGCAAAUGAACCAUCAAGUUAUUGGUGGACGUGAGAUAACCAUUGUGUUUGCUGGAGAGAACAGAAAAACUCCUCAGGAAAUGCGAACGACUUCACGCACAAGUGACCGAUAUGGAGGAGGCAGAAGGCGAUCGCCAGCAAGAUCCCCAAGACGUCGAUAUAAUUCUUAUUCACGGUCACCUUCACCACCCAGGCGUGGCUCGAGCAGAGACAGGGACCGUGGUGCAAAGGAUGAUAAUUACUCACCAUCGCUGUUGAGAUCGAGAUCAAGAUCAAGAUCCAGAUCCAGAUCCAGAACAAAAUCAAGAUCCAUCUCACGAUCCCCCUCGCCUCGCAAUGAAAGGGACAAUAGGAGGCCCCUAACCCCAAAAGAGAAUGGUCGGGGUCCUCCCAAGGAGAGAGACUAUAGAUCAGAUCACAGGUCAGCAAGUCCAAUCAGGAACGGUCGGAGUCUAUCAAGAUCUCGCUCGUUCAGCCCCCGCUGAUUAAAGUUCUGGGCAUCUGGUGUUGCUUUCAAGGUUGAUCUGUUGAGCAUGGUUAAGCGGCUGUGAACUCUGGUUAGGUAGGUUAAUAGUGGGUUACUGGGUCUAAAUUUGUAAUAUAUUUAGUGGGUAUCACCUGUCUUUCCGGACCUACAUGUAUUUUCGUAUUGAUAUUCUACCAGGAAGUUCCUGGAAACAGCUUA